UAAGAAAAGAAAACUUAACAUCUGGUUGUGCUCUGCUGAUGACUGCUUUUGUGUGAAGAAAAGUUAUGGCGUCUCCCCAGCAUCAAACGCAUUCAAGUAUCAAGCCUGUAAUCUUUUCAAGGCAGAAGGAAUAGUAGUAAUGUAUUUUCAGCUCAUCUGGCAUUAUUUUAAGGAAAACUUUGUGAGAAUAUGAUGAGAAAACGCUACCAUGCAGUGGCCAUUUAAGCCUGAGCUUCUGUACAUCGGUUGGCAGUUUACUCGUAUCAAGGCCUGUCACCAGCCACCAAGAUGAAUGCGCUACUCAAUAUCACCUUUAAAUAUGACAACUGCACUCCUUAUCUGAAUUCAGUGGGAAAACAUGUAAUCGGAGAUGUGCAGAAUAUAACAAUCAGUCAGUACGCAUGUUACGAACAGGUUGCAGUGACAAUACUUUGGACAGCAAAUGCCAUUGGGAUUGAAUACCUGAAAGGAUUUCGAGUCAUCCUCGAGGAGUUAAAAUCUGAAGGAAGACAAUGUCAGCAGAUGGUUUUAAAAGAUCCAAAGCAGCUCAGCCCAAGUUUUAAAGGAACAGGAAUGGAAUCUCAUCCCUUCCUAAAUCUGAAGUUUGAAACAGAUUACUUUGUAAAGAUUGUUCCUUUUCCUUCCAUUAAAAAUGAAAGUAAUUAUCACCCAUUUUUCUUCCGAACUCGACCAUGUGAGUUGUUGCUACAGCCAGAAAACCUUGUCUGCAAACCUUACUGGAAGCCAAGAAAUCUGAGUGUUACCCAGCAGGGUUUUAACAUGCAAGUGUCUUUUGAUCAUGCUCCCCACAACUUUGGGUUUAGAUACUACUUUCUUCACUACAAACUUAAGCAUGAAGGACCAUUUAAGCAGAAGACCUGCAAACAGGAGCAAAACACAGAUACUACAAGUUGUAUUAUUCAGAACGUAACUCCAGGGGACUAUAUAAUUGAGCUGGUUGAUGACACUAACACAACAAGGAAAACAAUGCACUAUGCACUAAAACCAGUACAUUCUCCGUGGGCUGGACCAAUAAGAGCUAUUGCCAUUACAGUCCCUUUAGUUGUCAUUUCAGCAUUUGCAACACUUUUCACAGUGAUGUGCCGCAAGAAGCAGCAAGAAAAUAUAUAUUCCCAUCUAGAUGAGGAGAGCUCAGAGUCUUCAGCAUAUGCUGCAGGUCUCCCUGUGGAAAGACUUCGUCCCCGGCCAAAAGUGUUCAUCUGCUAUUCCAGUAAAGAUUGCCAGAAACACAUUAAUGUCAUCCAGUGCUUUGCUUAUUUUCUUCAGGACUUUUGUGGCUGCGAGGUGGCUCUAGAUUUGUGGGAAGAUCUAAAAAUUUGUAAAGAAGGUCAGAAACAGUGGCUUAUAAAAAAAAUAAAUGAGUCUCAGUUUAUCAUCAUCGUGUGUUCCAAGGGAAUGAAAUACUUUGUUGAAAAAAAGAACUGGAAACACAGAGGGGUAACCAAAGACACGGGACAAGGAGAACUCUUUCUGUUUGCUGUGUUGACUGUUGCAGAGAAGCUUCGUCAGGCAAAGCAGAAUUCAAAUGACCUCUGCAAGUUCAUUGCAGUCUAUUUUGAUUACUCCUGUGAAGGAGACAUCCCUGGUAUUCUGGAUCUGAGUACAAAAUACAAACUCAUGGACAAUCUCCCUCAGCUUUAUUCACAUUUACAUUCCAGAGACAUUAGCGUUCAGGAUGCAGAGGUGUUUCCUGUUAAUGUUAGUAAAAGGAAUUAUUUCAGGAGCAAAUCUGGUAGGUCCCUUUAUGUUGCCAUUUGCAAUAUGCAUCAGUUCAUUGAUCAGGAGCCGGAUUGGUUUGAGAAACAAUUUAUUCCCUUCCUUCCAUCUCCUUUACAUUACUCGGAGCCUGUCAUGGAAAAAUUUGACUCAGGCUUGGUUUUAAAUGACUUAGUGAAUAAACAGGUGACGGAUGAUGAUUUUUACCUGAAAACAGAUAUUAUUUCAGCUGGAAAUUCAGACUCGUGUAUAAUUCAGCACUUAAACCUUGGAGAAGAUAUAGAAACUCAGGACAUUCAGGGUGGUGGCAGCUCUGUUCUUCAGCCAUUGUUACAUUCUGUUAAAACUUCAAAUCUGAAAAAUAUGCCUCGAGAUUCUGGAAUCUAUGAUUCGUCUGUUCCUUCAUCUGAACUAUCUUUACCCUUAAUGGAAGGACUACUGACAGACCAAACUGAAACAUCUUCUAUUACAGGAAGUGUUUCUUCUUCAUCAGGAUUAGGGGAAGAAGAACCUCCUGUAUUCACUUCUGCAAAGUUCUUAAUGCCUGGAAUAUGUAAAGCAGAACUUCAUUGCCAUAUCCAUACUGAUGAACUGCAGGCAAUUGCCCCUUUGUAGUACACCACAACAUUGCUAUGCAUUGCCACUUUAUCAACAGCCUCUGUUUGUGCUUUAACCACCACACUGUUCCAGCACUAAAUCUACUUGAAGGAACAAAUACUCCCUGAAGAUGACCAUCUAUUUGUAAGGGAUUUUUACGGCCAGUAAACUUGAACCUGUUGGGCUUAAUAUUAAGUUUUUCAUGAUUUGAAAAAUGCAGCAGGAAAAAAACACUUCAGAAUUAUUCCUAUUACUAAUUGACAUUUCAUGAUAUUACACUGUUUACAGAUGUCACUAUCAAGUGACUUUUUUUUUUUUUUUGCUAAACAUAAUCUUACAGCUGGACAUAAAAUGGUUUGGAACAUUAAGUCUUAGUAAAUCUUGUGGUCCAGCAUCCCCCCUCUAUCUUUAAGUGCUGACAUUUGAUGGCAGGAGUGUUGUAGUGAAUGAGAGCAGGAUUUUUUUGGAAGGAAGAUGAAAAAACAAAGGUGAGAUCAAGAAAUUCUUCAUCAGGAGAAAUCCUUUUCUCUUAAAAAUAGUUGAACUCCUAUCCCUUCUCUCUUUCCCAAAUGUUAACGUGUCUCAGUACUUAUUUUCAGAUGAACAUGUCUCUCUGUUCUGUAUGAUUCUCCUAUGUUUUCUCCAUGAUCUGGAUAUGGUGACGCACAAAUAGUACCGUUUUGAGUCUGAAGUAUUGUUUUUGUAACAGAUACAAAUAUAAAUUAUGCAUAUGCUGAGUGAUACCAUGGAAACUGUUUCCUGUUUUCUUCCUGGAAGGGGUAAUAUAAAGAAUACUUUAAAGAGAUGAAGGAAGAAAGAUCAAAUUUUGUAUUUAAGACCUCAUUCUGUCUCUGUCCAACCAUGUGAUAAGUAUGCUCUAUGGGGAAUGUCAUAUUAUCCUUCAAGGACAUGCUGCUACAAAAUCACCGGGGGUAAAAAAAAAAAAAAAAAAAAAAAAGUUAAAGACAAGCAGUUAGGAGACAUGAAUAAUUGGCUUUGUGUUGAGCCAACCACUAAACAGAAGCCUAUGAGUUAUUUUGAAGUUUACAGUACUUACCAUUAUUUAGUAACUAAGAUAGUAUAAUAUUACUAGUAUUAUAUUUUGUUAUAAUACUAUAUUAUAACAAAAGGCAAAAACUGGUCCUGUUUAUCUAAAGACAUGGAGCGUGCACGUCCUUUCUUCUGCAGUGACCAUGUUAUCCAAAGUAUCCGUGCUAUUUCCAAAGAGAAACUUUUCAUCUUCUCAUUAGUAAAACACAUCUUUGUAACUAACUGCAAGGCUUCUAGGCACCACAAUGGUAACAGCAAAUAGUAAAGGACACCUCCUCAGUGUGCCUGUGCUAAUUUUGCUCAUGGAAAUCAGAGUCUGUCUUGUUUCAUUUGUCUUCAUGUUCUACUAACAGGGGGUUAUUUUAGGAAUACAUCAAGGGAGAACUUAAACACCUCAAGUAUUCUCUCCAUUUUGAUAUACGAGAAUUAGACCUCAUGAACUGUUACAUUCUUUUACUUCUUGUAGUAGCAUGAGAUAGAACUACUAAAGAAGUGAUUUUGGCUGAGUAGCUUUGAAGCUCUAGUUUUGUUUUGCCAUCAGUUUAUAUUUAAUUGUUUGAAGAUCCAACCAGAGGACUCUUGAAAUUACUAUCACAGAUGUAGUAAGAAAGGUGCUAUAAUGGAUAAAAUGUAACAGUUAUUUGAACCUAACAUUGAAUUAUACGAUGAUGACUUAACAUCACAGUGUGUCAGAUUUGUAGGGUCUUGUCCAUUAAUCCUACAGUACCUUUUUUUCUGAAUUUGAAAGAGCACUAACUGGAAAACUUCAAACUCACAUCUAAGUAAGUUAGGUGGUUUUAAAUACAUAAUCAAUCAUCUGCACCUUCAGUUAUAUUUUUGUAUGCUGUGCCUUGGGCUGUACUGAAAGCAAAAUAUUUAAUGUUUUCCCAUUCUUUGAAGUUAAAAAAUACCUAGGUUGACCUAGGCAGAAUAAUGUAGAGGUAAAUGCUCCUUCACUAGAUCCAUUUGUGAAAGAUCUUGAUUCAGUGCAAUUUUUGUGGUUUUACCAGAUAAAGUGUUUGGAUUGAUGAAAUAAAUGUAGAGAGGUUACAGAUGAUGUGUGCUGAAGAGGUGCUGUGCAUAGAAGUGCCAAAGCUGCAAUACAUAAGGAGGAGCCAGUUUCUUAGCAAUUGAAUAGUGAGGGUAAUCCUGCUGUCCCCUGUGGAAAGUCUUAGCUUAACGUACUGUUAUUUUAUGCUAGGCUAAAGAUUGGGAAGAUUCUGUGGUUCUUUUAAAUUUAGUGUUAAUGGAAUUAUUUUUUCAUUUCAGUUUUGAAAAUGGACAAAAGCAACUGCACAAAGGAUCAGUUGUUACUAAUGUUUUUCCUUAUGUUUCUUCAAAAUUUGCUGUACAAUCCUGCAAAUCUUAAUUGUUUUGUAAUUAUAAAGGGUCUGUGCAGAGGCCAAUCAAAUUGUUGUAGGUGGGAAAAAAAGAAUUCCUUUUUAGAGUAAGGUAGAAACAGCGUAUUAUAUGACCUUGGAAGAAAGAGAAUAUACUUAACUGAAAAUUUAUGGUAGAACACGCCCAUGCUUAAAAAAAAAUAUAUAUAUAUAUAUAUAUAUAUACGCACACAGAAUUGAAAAAAGCAAUACUUGAUCAGAUUUAGCAAUAAUUUUUUACAAAGUCACAGUAUUUUAUAAAGUCAGAAAAAUAUUAUGUAUGUUGACAUACUAGAAGGACAUAGUAUUGAAUUUGCAAGAAUUCUGUAUUUUCCCUCCAAUGCGAAUAACAGCAAAAACCCUUGUAAACAUUUUUUUAAAACAAAUAUGUUAAUAUACAUAUUAGAGGUUAGCUUACUACUAUUUUCAAGCAUUAGUAAACAAUAUUAAUGGUGAAAGAAUCCCCUUAAUUACUACUAGACCUGAAUGUGUGAACAUUGGAUGUUUUAAAAUGUCUUUUUUGGGAGGGCGGAAAAAACAUUGGAAAGCUAAAGGUUCAAGAUAUAACUAUGUUCAAUACUUUGAUAAAUAGUUAUUGUCAUAAUUUGUCGCUGUACAUAAACACAACAACUGUUGAAAAUAGAAUGUAGUUGAUAUUUGGAGAAAUAAAAUUUUAUGAUACUAUAAUUUAGGAGGUAAAUAUCAGAAUAAAACAUUUUUUAUUCA